AAGACAGGAAUUCCAACACCAUUAAACUGUUUAUACUAGAGCAUGUAAUACUUUUAUUUAAAAAGUAAAAAAAAUAAAUUUAAAGAAAAGAGUGUCCCCCCCCACUGCUGUAUUGUUGAGUGAACAUGAGAACGAGUGAACUGGUGAAUGGGGAGUGGACUAGUUAAUGGGCAAAGCAGGCAGCAACCUGGAAACAGAAUAGGCGCCAUCAAAGCACAGGCACUUUCCUCUCCAGUGCUUCUGUCCUCAAGUCCACGUCCACUCAGGCGAGGGGCACAGGGUGCUGACGCCCUGGCAGCCAGGCUGGCCAAAGGGUAUUUUCUUCCCCUCUCUUAGGAGGCCAGGUGGAUCCCUGCUUUUCCUCCUCUCUGUGCAGCCGGACCAGAGGCCAUCAGGUGUGCUCGGGAGGUAGCAUCAGGCUGGCACCAGGUGCCCCAGAUCUAGCCCCAGGGCCGUGCCCAGCUGUCCCCGUGACCAUGGGGGAGUAUUUCCCUGUCUUGGGCCUCCGUUUCCCCACUUGCACCUUAAGCAGUUUGGCCAAAUCCAUGAUUCUCAACUUUGGCCACACAUUAAAAUCAGCAAGGGACCUUUUAAAAAUUCCAGGGCCCAGACGGCACCAAAGAUCAAUUAAAUAGGAUUCAUCAGAGGGUCGGAUCCAGACACCCACAGUUUUAAAGGCUUGGCAGGUGAUUUCAAUGCACAUCUAAGUUUGAGAACCUAUGGCCUCUGAUCUCCGAAGCUCCCUCUAACUUCAUGAUGCUGAGGCCCACCUGACGCCCUGUCUUCUGACAUUAGAGAGUUAAAUGAAAUGGGAGAGUCACCCCGAACAUGUGAGUUCCUACCUGCAGCCCUUUGAGGCAGCAGCCCUGCCCAGGACUUUGCCCAGCCCCACCCAGACCUCACUGAAGCCCUUGCUCCAGCCCCUGCCUCCUCCAUCUUAACAUUAGGGAUCAGGAAUUCAGGAUCCUCGCCAAGGUGGAGCGUCCCCAGACAGAUGCACUGAGGCUUUAGAAGGUGCUUUUAUCUGAUUGGGAGGGAGCUCAGGCAUCAAUGCGAGAGGGGCUGCUGAUCUGAGAGACCGCAGAGCUGAUCCAUGGCAGAACCUCAACAGGACAGGAGGGAGAAGCCUGCAGAUGAAUAUAAACAAGAAGGUUCAAAACCACAGUUGCCAGCUGAUGAUCCAGAUAAUGCCAAACCUGAUGACAACUGCCCAGGUGAUCCAGAGCUGGUGCUUAAAGUCAGAAUUCAGAGCCACAAAGAAAAUGACUUCAUUGAAGUUGAACUGGACAGACAAAAGUUGAGUUACCAAAAUCUACUAAAAGUGAGCUGCUGUGAACUGGGGAUUAACCCAGAGCAAGUAGAGAAGAUCAGAAAGCUACCAAACACACUGCUCAGAAAGGACAAAGACAUUCUAAGACUACGGGACUCUCAGGAAGUAGAACUCAUUUUAAGGAAAAAUGGAAGCUCUGAACCAAUAGAAUACACACCAUCCCUUAUAGAGAAGCCCUGCUACAACAGCAAUGCUGCAAAACUGACAUACUAAGAAACCUGAGAAAUAAAAACUGGAAUCAA